UUCAACUGUUCCCAUAAACCUGGGAACAGAAAACUUCCCAGCUAAGACCACAUAAGACUUCACACAACUUAAUACUCUGCAUUGGGAUGAUCACAGAAGCCAAGAGAAACAGAUUUAAAGAAACUACAACAUUCCCUAAACCAAGUAAUACCUGCCAAAAACUCCAGUUCCUACAGCUCACACAAGACAAAUGAGACUGUGCAGUGACAUAUGAGGCCUCUUAAAGGAAGUCAGCUCACACUUGCCUGCCUGCUACCAUCUUCUUAUCUCCCUCUUGACCACUCAAAACGUGAGUCUUCCUGCUAGUGCCUUCCUGACACCAUGGAAAAAGUCCAGUACCUCACCCGCUCUGCUAUCAGGAGAGCCUCCACUAUUGAAAUGCCUCAGCAAGCACGGCAAAAUCUCCAGAAUCUAUUUAUCAACUUCUGUCUCAUCUUGAUCUGUCUCCUGCUGAUCUGCAUCAUUGUGAUGCUUCUGUGAAGUGCUGCUGCCACCUCCACAUCUGUAACAUGCCAGCUCAGCUUCAAACCCCUCGCUCCAUCAAGAAGAGAAACAAUACAGCCUACUCCCUGCCCAGAAUGUCUUUGUGAAGGUCAAGAUUAAGAGUGAAACAAAUUGUUAGCCAAUGUAUUCAUCUACUGGAUCUUGUAAACAAACUUUACAAUGACUAAGUGUGCAUAAUGUAGCUGCCAAUUUCCUCAAAAUGGCUCAUAAAUUUCUUUCCUAAUUACUUCUGACAAUGAAGUAUGAGUUUUAAUUUUGAAACAGCACUGCGAAAAAGUUCACUUUCUACAUCUAACACUAGCUUUACUGCUAAGACGCUCACUUUAGAGCUCCAGUUUGAGGGAUAAAUGAAAUGUAUACUGCAUUACCAGCACUUUUUUUUAAAACAGGAACUAAGUAUUCUUCAGGUCUCCACAAAGUAGAAAAACAAUAAUUUAAGUGAAGUGUUCUUAUUUAAAAUAGCUCACUGAGUCCUCACAUGUAAGACUAUCAUUAUUAUUACUAUAUUAUUAUACAGAAGUCUUAGUAGUUAAUCUGUCAGAAUAAAUACCUUGAAAUAAAGAUUGUGCCUUUUAUCUAUACACUAAUAUUUUAAGCUUAUAAGAAUCAAAUAGGGAAAAUAUCAUAUUAUCAUAUAAAUAAAAUUCCUUAUCACUAAUUUUUCUCAAGGAUAAUGGAAUUCAAGUAUAUUUAAGUUAACCACAUAUCUGCUCUCUCCAGGGCUUGGUGAUCAACAAGCAAGAAUACCUUACUGUGUGGCUGUGAUAAUUACUAAUAAAGCAGAAUCUCACCUGAA